AAACGCGUCCUCUGUCCUGCGCAUUUAGCGCGCAUAUUUGACGCUCUAAACGUAUUUGCUUGUGUUGUCAUGCGCGCGACCAAUGCAAACUGCUGUCAUCACAAGAAACUUCAAUAAUGCGUGUGUCUUAUAGCUCAUGCAUUUCCAAAUUCUCCAUUUUGUUCGAAAAUCUUUUUUUCCACUCGUACACCCCUCAGCAUCGUGCAGUCGGGCGCUUUUGACGCAGAAACUCACACUUUACAGCUCCGUUUUCAAUAGUGUUUACUCGCAAUACAACACGAUGCCUAAAAAGGACAAGACGAGCAAAAGCAACCCAAAACCACCGGAGACACCUCCCGGUCCUGUAACUAAAGUUAAAGACGGGACAAUUGCAAUAGCAAUACAUGCUAAACCCGGGGCCAAACACAACGCAGUCACCGAUGUGUCCGAGGAGGCGGUGGGUGUCGCCAUCGCCGCACCUCCGACAGACGGAGAGGCGAACGCCGAGCUGCUGCGCUAUAUAUCCAAAGUCCUGGAGCUGAAGAAGAGUGAAGUAUCAUUAGAUAAGGGCUCCAAAUCCAGAGAAAAAGUUAUCAAGGUGACUGCAGAUGUCAGCCAAGAGGAAAUCCUGAAGAAACUGAAGACAGAGGCUAGUGGCUGAUACUGAAGUGGAUUGUUUGCUUUAAAGGGAUAGUUCACCCAAAAAUGAAAAUUGUCAUCAUUUACUCACCCUCAAGUUGUUCCAAACGUGUAUGAAUUGAAUUGUAUGAACACAAAAGAAGAUAUUUUGAAGAAUACGACUAACCAAACAGUUGAUGGGCCCCAUUGACUUCCAUAGUAUGGGAAAAAUUACUAUGGAAGUCAUCAAUUGUUUUCUUACUGACAUUUUUCUAAAAUAUCUUUUGUGUUCAGCAGAAGAAAGAAAUCAGUACAGGUUUGGAACAAUUUGAGGGAGAGUAAAUGAUGACAAAAUUUUCCAUUUUUGGCUGAACUAUCCCUUUAAACCAUAUGUUCCAGGAUAUCCUUAUUCCAAGAAAAAAAUUUAAAACGUGCAAUUUUAUAUUUAGAUUUUUAUUCAAUAAAAUGUAAUGUUAUUUUUUGUGUAUUUACCAUUUUUAAUUAUUUUGUGUGUAAUGUUGAAAGUAGUGCGAACAUGUUUGUAAUGAUGGGGAAAUGAUCUUAUUUGUAUUAUAAUAUUUACAUAACAAUAAGAAUGUAUUACUAGUUCAGAUUUGACUUGCCCUUCCAACAUCACCCAUGCACAAACAAAAACGAUACAUCUCAUUUUUAACAGCAUAUUUUGUGUCACAAAGUAUAUUUUUAAUUUAAUAUUUAAAAGAGGUACAGUCCAUAAGAAAUUCUUGGAGAUUUUGCACACUGCAGUGCAGGCAUUAAAGUUCAGCACAAUUA